AUGAAGAGCCUCGCAUUGUACUUCUUGCUCCUCGUUUCUGUGGCGGCACUGCCACUGCACGCCAGUGCCUCGCAGGAGGCGCGGCUGAGAGAGUUCAUCUCGUCCAGAAGAGGCAGUGUUAGCAGCACCGACACGUUUAGGGUGCGUAACAUAGCCGACAGGGUUGCCGGCAGCCUGAGCGCAGAGAACUCUGUCUCCGACCAGAGCUCCAUGAAGGCCGCCGACAAGAUCACGGCGCUGCCCGGGCAGCCGGAGGGCGUGGACUUCGACCAGUACGGCGGGUACGUGACCGUCGACGAGGAGAACGGCCGCGCCCUCUUCUACUACCUCGUCGAGUCGCCUUCCGGCGCUUCCGAGAAGCCGCUCGUCCUGUGGCUCAACGGAGUGUACGCAUCCACAGGGCCAGGAUGCUCUUCGCUCGGCUUUGGAGCGAUGCAGGAGCUCGGCCCCUUCCGCGUAGCCGAAGACAACAAAACGCUCAGCAGAAACAUCAACGCCUGGAACAACGUGGCUAACGUGAUCUUCCUGGAGUCGCCCGCUGGCGUCGGGUUCUCUUACUCGAACACGUCUUCGGACUAUGACCUGAGCGGCGACGAGAGAACCGCCGACGAUGCGUACGUCUUCCUGGUGAAAUGGCUGGAGAGGUUCCCGGAGUACAAGGGCCGCGCCUUCUACAUCUCCGGCGAGAGCUUCGCCGGGCACUACGUGCCGGAGCUCGCCGCCACCAUCCUGUUCCAUAACACGUACAACAACAGAACCAUAGUAAACCUACAAGGCAUCUUGGUUGGAAACCCGUAUCUGGACGAGAAGAGGAACAUCCAGGGGGCCAUCGACUUCUUCUGGACCCACGCGGUGAUAUCCGACGAGGUCUACGCCAAUGUCACCAAGAACUGCGACUUCGGCAACUGGGACGGGAAUGUCGCUGGCACGGCGUGCAGCGGCGCCUGGGACGUGUUCGACGGCGGCCACAUCGACUACUACGACAUAUACGCUCCGGUUUGCACCCACGCCCCCAACGGAGCACGUUACCCCAGUGGCUACCUGCCUGGGUAUGAUCCGUGCAGUGUGUAUCCUACCUGGGCGUAUCUCAAUGAUCCGGCGGUGCAGAGCGCUUUCCACGCUAGAACGACGAAGUGGUCACCCUGCAAAAACCUGCACUGGAAAGAUGCGCCGAUGUCUAUGCUGCCGACCCUGAAAUGGUUGAUCGAAAGCAAGCUUCCGGUUUGGAUAUUCAGUGGUGAUUUUGAUUCCGUGUGCUCACUGCCGGCGACGAGGUACUCCAUCCAAGACCUUGGCCUCCCUGUGACCACUCCAUGGCGUCCAUGGACAGCAAAGGAGGAGGUGGGAGGCUAUGUCCAGCAGUACGCCGGAGGAUUCACGUUCCUAUCUGUGAGGGGAGCAGGGCAUCUGGUUCCAUCCUUCCAGCCAGAGAGGGCAUUGGUGAUGUUGAGCUCCUUCCUGAAAGGGACGCUCCCACCUUACGUAGAACAGCAGUGA